AUGAGCUGCAGCUUCAUAGCCGCCCGCCCUGACUACAACGGAGAGCUCCGCUCCCACAGCACGAUCUGGGCGGAGCUCCAGACCACUGCUCCCAUGCGUGGCACCACGACGCUGCCCUCAACUGGUGCUGAGAGUGCCAAGCUGAAGAAUAUCAAUGCAGCCGGAGAUGAAGCUGGAGGUGCGUCUCAUGUCUCCCGAGUUGGCACAGAUGAUGAAGUGAACAACGCGGAGCGACUAACAGUGCAACUCGCCAAUGGCUCUGAGGCCUGUGCACUUGACCUGAUAAGGGAGCUUGAAGAGCACAAGAUGUGGAACAUCAAGGAGUUCUUGAAGAGGGGACGAAGAGCCUUGUCCUCGGAGAACUCGCCUUUCUAUUUCUGCAACUUGACUGACGUGGAGACAAGUGCGAUUGCGGAGCAAGUCGAGCUUACGGACAAGGUUGGUAUUGCGAGGUCACCGGGCUACGACAUGUUCAAGGUCUCUGGAGCUUACCGCUGCUUGCUAUGGGCUGCAGCAACAGGAAGGUUGGACGGCAUUGCGGGAGCCCCUCCUGAGAUGAUCGUGAGGGCCGUUGAGUUGUGGCAAAGGGCUCCUGACGGUCUUCAGAUGGCAAGCUGGAUGACGCGUUUGGAUGCAGACCCCAAGAAGUUCUUAGAAGGCGUUGCAAAACAUUUCAUCGUCGUGUGCUUCAGAAGCAAGUCAGCAGACCCAACCACAGACCUCCUGAAGAACCACGCGGCGAUCCCAAUGAAGAACCACACGGUGACCCCAAGCCUGAAGGUGAAGGGGGCUUUGGACAGAUGGACAGAGGCCAUCAAGCGUGAAGUUGAAAUGCUCUUCAGGAGACCGGUGGAACCAAGAGUACAGGUCUCACCUGGCGCAAGCAGCCAGGCCUCUUCCACUACGAAUGUCAUGGGCGAGAACGCUGCAUGGAGAGCGGUCACGAGCGCACUUGGUGCCAAGUUUGGCUUCGAAGCUGAGCCCUGA